GAGACAGCGAAGAGGGCAAGUGGCUGAGAGGCUAUGGGGCUGGGCAGGGGGCAAUGGGGAGUCACGUGAGGUGCCUCUGGGGGGCCCCUCCAGGCAGUGGGGCCCCCAGACAACUGUCUCCCCUUGCCCUAUCAUUGUUACGCGCCUGCCUGUGUGUUUGGUAUUGUUUGGUGGGGAGCAACUACAUUUGGAAGAUAAGUGAAUGUUGAUAUGAUAUGAAUUGUUAUUCCUCCGUUCAGGUUGAAAUCUGAUGAAAUAACACUGGUUGUUAUGAAACAGAAUCCUUGUAUAAAAUUGGCAGCACAAGGAAAUAUCUGGAAAGUCUGUUAUUCUUAAAAAUACAUGUUUGGAUGCAAAAAACCUUGAGGUCUUGGGAAUAUUGAACACAUAAGAGUAAUGAAGUUUGGAAGAUUUAGAAUCACCUUCAUUCCAAUGGAACUGUGAAUGGGAAUGUGUUGCUGUACAAUGAGAAGAGUUCUUUUCACCUUACCCAGUUGGUGUUGAUGAACCUUGCUUGUGGAGUAUCUGGAUUAUAAAGAUAAAGAACUGUUUUGAUCACAGUUUUGAUCAUAGUUGAAGUGCUAUAGAGGAUUAUAUAUGUUCUGUAAGAUCUUUUGCAACAUUUGUAUGUAUUUAAUUUCAUAGAGUUGGUGUGUUAUUUCUGCUCAGAUACAUGUACCAUAUAAAAUUGGGGGUUGGUUUUUUUGAACAUUCCAGUUCCAGUUCAUUUAGUCAUGUUGUGCUAUUCAUCUAUCUGGAGACUAUUAAACUAGCAUACCAACUUGCUCGUCAGCCACUCCCUGCUCCAGUCAGCGCACACUCUACGAGGGCACUAGCAGCUUCGAUGGCUUCCGAGGCCAACCUGCCUCUAGACUCCAUUUGUCAGUCAGCAACUUGGGCUAUGCCACACUCCUUCAUAUCGCAUUAUGCUCUUCACAUUUAGAGCAAGGCCUUUGGAGGGACAGUACUGAAAUCUGUCUUUCAGUGACUGCCUCCCGCCUCCAGUAUCUUUUCAGGUCGGCGGACUCCUGAACUGAGGGGAAAGACGCACCCGCACUGGAGAAGGGGGAGGAGCCACUGCCAAAAAGCUAGCAGAGGGGGGAGCUUGGAAGCUUCUGAAACAGGCUAUCACAUGGGCACAAAUACCCAAUGUGUGAAUGAACAGAUGACCACUAGAAAAACCUCAGUUACAACGCAUGAGAGCCUCCGGCCCCCCACCUCGCAACUGGAAGGGAAUUGGCAUAUCCAUGCUGGUGGUGGCUAUGCUGGCUUCUGUGAUCAUUGUGGCUAUCCUGAUGCUCACACCAGAAGACUUCCCAGUGGGCUUCCGCUCCCCAUUGACUCUUGCUGACCUCGAAAGUGAGGAAUUCCAGGUCCACCAUCUUCAGCUCCGUUGGGUGACAGAUGAUGAGCUCGUGGCACUAAGCGAUGCAGGGACUAUGAUGAAGUGGCACAUACCCCAAAAGAAUGGCACCCUGUUGGUGGAAGACAGAGAGUUGCAUUUCUUGAAAGCGUCCCAGUUCCAAGUGUCACCAGACCUCCAGUUCCUGCUUUUGGCUUGUGAUGUUCAGCAGGUUUUCCACUUCUCUUUCUCAGCUCGCUACCUGAUCUAUAACUUGGGCACCAGAGAAACCAGCAACCUAAAUGUGCCCAAGGCAGAUGCUACAUAUCUGCAGUAUGCAGCCUGGGGAGUCAAGGAUAACCAGCUGGUGUUCAUCCUGGAGAAUGACAUCUAUUAUCAACCAGAUGUCUCCAGCCAGGCCAAGCGUAUAACCACAUCUGGACAGCAAGGAGUUGUCUUCAACGGGAUUGCGGAUUGGCUAUAUGAAGAGGAGAUCCUGAAGUCCGCUAGUGCACACUGGUGUUCACCUGAUGGUGUAUGGCUAGCGUAUCUUUCCAUCAACAAUUCUUUGGUGCCCAGGAUGGAGCUGCCCCAGUUCCUGGGAGGAAACUACCCAGUCAGUCAGCACUAUCCCUAUCCCAAGGCUGGCCAGCCCAUUCCAUCAGUUCAGCUCUUUGUGGUGAGCCUGUCCGGGGUGCAUCAUAUGCUGGAGCUGCUCCCUCCUGAAUCCUUCCAGGGCAGGGAAUACUAUAUCACGAUGGUGAACUGGGCGACACUCUCCCAGCUGGCUGUGCGAUGGCUGAACAGGCCACAGAACGUGUCCGUCUUGAGCCUGUGUGAGGCUGCCACGGGAGCUUGCACUGAGAAAUACAAAGUGACAUCAGAUGCCUGGGUGGACAUGCAGCAGGGAAAGCCAGUCUUUUCAGAAGAUGCCGAGACCCUUUUUCUGCCUGUGCCAGUGAAGCAAGGGGCUCGGGGAGAAUUUCACCAUAUCACCAUGCUUGCCACCCAGCCCAGCCACAAAAAGAGCAGUGUGCACCUCCUCACCUCCGGGCAUUGGGAUGUCACCAGGAUCCUGGCGUAUGAUGAGGAUAACCAGUGGCUAUAUUUCCUGAGUUCAGAAGACCACCCCAGCACUAGACACUUGUUCAGAGUGGCUCUUGAUGGCUCCUUUGAUCGCACCUGUGUGACCUGCGGCCUGCGCCCUGGCUGCUCCUUCGUAGAUGUCAGUUUCAGUCCUAGACUGGGGCAUUUUGUCCUGUUCUGCAAAGGGCCUGGCAUCCCUCAAGUCUCCAUUCACUAUUCAGCUAGCCCCCAUGACUUUAUUCUCCUGGAAGACAAUCAACCCUUACAAGAUGUCCUUAUGCAUAAGGAGACACCACUAGUGGAAUUCCGGUCCCUCCGGCUGGCCAACUACGACUUGCCUGUGCGUGUGACCGUGCCACCUCCACACCAGUGUACCUUCUGCCCCUUACUGCUGAUGCUCCCAGAAGCCCCAGGAGGCCAGCUGGCCACAGAAGAAUUCCACCUCGACUGGGACACGGUUCUCUCCAGCUCCUUGGGUGCUGUGGUGGUCCGAUUUGAUGGCCGCGGCUCUGGCAACCAGGGGCUCAAGCUGCUGCAUGAGGUUAAUCACCAACUGGGCUCUUUGGACAUCAAGGACCAUAUUACUUUGAUGCAGUUGCUGGUGCAGCUUCCCUAUGUGGAUCGUAGGUGCACAGCCGUCUAUGGGAAGGCCUAUGGAGGCUUUUUAGCACUUAAACUUAUGGCGACAGCACAAGACCUCUUUAAAUGUGGAGUAGCCAUGGCACCCAUCACCAGCUUCCGUUUACACGCUGCCACCUUCUCUGAGCGCUACUUAGGGAUGCCUGCCCGUGAAGAUGCAGCCUACACGGUGGCCUCUGUAUUGAAGGAAGCUACCCGCCUCAAGGACAGGAACUUCCUGCUUGUGCAUGGAACUGGAGAUGCUACAGUGCAUUUCCAGCAUACUGCUGAACUCCUCAUCCAGCUGCUUGCAGCAGAGUCAAACUACACCACCCAGAUCUAUCCAGAUGAAGGCCACACCUUCUUUUUGGAAAGCAACAAGCGCCACCUCCACCAGGCCCUUUUCUACUUCUUUCGGAACUGUUUCAAGGAUUUAAAUCAUCAUGUGCACUUGCUAACGGAAGAAGAUGAGGACUCAUAGUGCUUUUCCAGUGAGAAAUACUGAGGACUGCCAGAUGCUGCACUCCUUUAGACCUUUCAUUUGCGAUGCUGACAGUUUUUCGUGACACGCUGCACACCCCAAAGGCCUGUAUUGUGUGAUUCUGCAACCAUACUUCUACGCAAACACAGGAUUUUGCAUCCUGGGAAUCUCAGCUUUCAGGCUUUUUAAAAAGCAACUAUCUAGCCAUUAGGCUUUCUUGGAAGUGUGUAUGUAUUCAAUGCCUGGAGAAACCUCAGAAGCAAAUGGAGCGUCUGAACAGGAUUUCCAGCGGUCAAGGGAUGGGAUCUCAGUGCCCUACAUACUCCUUUGUUCAUCUGGAAACUAGUGGAAGCAGAAUAAGUUUUAUGGUAUAAGCAAAUGUAUGCAGGCUUGCAAAAUGUGUGUUCUUUUACACAUUGCAACAUUCAGUUGUUUCUUGGCACAGUAUUUGUUGCAAAAUGUUGACCCUUCCCCCUGCCCCAGGACAAAGCAUACACAACCCUGCUGAAGGCUUAAAAUAACGGGUUGGUUUAAAGAGCCAUCCUAAUUGUACCCUGCUCCCUGCCCCCACCCCAAGUAUCCAUGAAUUUGGAAAGUUAUAGUGGUCUAGUAGUUGCCAGGUGAUUGAAUGGUGAACCAGGAAGUCCCUGGUUUAAAAUUUCCCCUCUGUUAUGAACUCAGUAGAUGACUGUAGCAAGCUACCAUCCCUCAGCUCAGCCCACCCACCCCUGCAAUAAUGAGGACAAAAAUAUUGAACUGCCUUACAGGAUUGUUGUGAAGAAUACUGAGCUAAUAUAUGUGAAGCAUUUUUAACCUUGUAAGAUGCAAUGUCAAUGCAAGUUAUUAUUAAUAUAUAUAUAUUUUAAAGCAGGCCAAACCACA